AUGAGACAAUAUUUGUAUUUGCAAAAGCAUACAAGGCCACCAGGGCCACUAGAGACUUUCUAUUUAUGCAGAAACAUUGAACACUACUAUACUAACUUUAAUGUGACGAUUUCUUUGAAUCAAAGAACUGAUAAUAUUCUUCUUUCAAAUGCACUACGAUCAAUUAUAUCCAAAAACACCAGUUUCACUAUUAAUGCUUAUCCCACUGAAGACUGUAAGAAAAUAUAUAAAGGAAAAUAUAAACUUGCUCCAGUGAGGGAAAUCAGGUUUGAUGAUGUGGUAAAAUUUGUCAGGAUAGAAGACAAGCUAGAUGAGAAAGUCUUGAAACAAAUGGACGCGGAGAUAUGCAACAUGAACACCGACAAACCCUUAUGGAAGCUAAUUGUUUACGAAUCUCUUAGAGAUGGCAAGCAGUACCUUUCCUUUUGCUGUGAUCAUAUGUUAUUCGAUGGCACUUCAGCAGUUCAUUUCCAUGAAGAUUUAGUGAAUCAUUUAGGCCACUACUCAAAUAUAAAAAACUUGAAGUUUCAAGAGGUUUUAUUCAAUUAUAGUAGUGAAAAGUAUACACUCCCGCCAAUUCAUCCUUGCAGCGAAGAUCUCACGGAUUUGUAUCUGAGUUCAUGGGUUUAUCUUAUAUCAGUGAUCGUGAAGAAUUUUGUUAUCGUCACAUUCUUAGUGGAAUGUUUUAAGCUUCUCUUAACUAAACAACGAAAGGGCGUUCUUCAAGCUCCGAUAUUUUCUACAAAUUCUGAGUUACAAAAGUAUCCUGUGACCCAUUUCAAAUUAAUAAACUUACCUCCUAAACAAGUUAAGAAGCUUCUACUGUUCUGCAAAGAAAAUGGCACUACUUUAACUCCGAUGUUGACGGCUAUUGGAACAGCAUGCUUACAAGAAACUAUUCAAAGAAACCAGUCUAAAGAAUUCUCUUUCAAAGUUGAAGUCGUUGUGGACGGGAGGAGAUACUUUCCCGAGAAAACAGAUCUCACACGCUAUGGAAUCUAUGUUUCCCCGGUAUAUUGUAGAAUAGAUCCUCUCGAGGUAGCUUACAAACAACCAAUGCAAUUUGAAGUGCCUGUUAGGAAGCUUUCUUAUGCUGUCAAUUCUGCCCUUAAGUCUCGUUCAUCAUUUAAGUUCACAGGUCUUCUAAAGUAUGUCAAUUGUUGGGACUUUUUAGAGAAUAAAUUCAAAAAAAGUUCCGAUAGAGACACUAUUUCAAUUUCCAAUUUAGGGAGGCAUGAUAUUAAUCUGGGCCCUUGGCACGUUGAUGAUUUGUGGUUUAGUCAAUCGAUUGGAAUAUCAUCUUUCUUCGGAUUAUCAUUUGUGAGCUCUCCUCUUGGAGGGUUGAACAUAGCUUUUGGUUAUUUCAAAGAGUUUGAUAAUCUUCCAAAAGGCUCAACUUCUAAAUUGUCUUACGCAGAUCAAUUUCAAAAAAAAUUUACUGAUACCUUGGCAUCCUUAGCAGCGACUUAUUAG